GUCUUGAUGCGCAAUGUGCACGCCACAGCAGAGCCUGCAGGAGGAGGCAGGAAGCUCCAGCAUAUAGAUUGUAGCGAAUAAUCGUGCCAAGCAAGCCCCACCAGCACCAUCAUGGCGUGGCCGUGCAUCACGCGUGCUUGCUGCAUCAACCGUUUUUGGACCGAGCUGGACAAGGCGGACAUCGCAGUGCCUUUGGUUUUCACCAAAUACUCCGACGUGGCCGACGUGCACCACCUCCCCCAGCGCAGGCAGCCGAGACGGGCUGCGGAGAGCCAGGCACCACCCGCCUCCUCCUCCGCCACCACCACCACCGAGCCCCCUGCCGCAUCGGGCAAGGACGCGUCCGCUGCGUCCGUCACCCGCCAAGACUUCCAGGCUUGGAAGGUGCGACCGGAGCCCAGCUGCAAGCCCAGAAACGAGUACCAGCCCUCGGCCGCGUCGUUCAUCCCGGAGACCCAGUAUCAGAAGGACUACAAAGCCUGGCCCAUCCCCAAGAAGCACGACCACCCCUGGAUCCCCAAAGCCGACCUCGCCCCUGCCGGCGGGGCGGGGAAGGGGGAGUCGGAGACCGGCGUGGAGAAGAGCGAGAUCGAGGAGAAGCUCCAGGAGAAGGAGGUGAAGGAGCCGGCCAGGAGGGACAAGUCUAGGGAGAGAAAAGAGGUGGAGAAGAAGGCGGAAGAAGCGCAGGUGUGCGCUGAUGUGCAGCAGAAGAAGAAAGGCAGGGCGGUCGCAGACGCGCUUAAUAGACACAUUAAGGAGACCAUGACUACUUCCAGCAGCUAUAGAACUGAAUUCAAGGCCUACAAGGAUGUGAAACCAGUGAAGCCGAUCAAGGCCACGUCCCAGUACAAACCCCCGGCAGAGGAGACCAGUCUGGAAACCAGCUACAGCGCCACCUUCAGGGGGGAGCAGGUGAAGGCCCAGGCUGCUGACAACAAGCUGAUAGAUCGCAGGAGGAUACGCAGCCUGUACAGUGAGCCGGGCAAAGAGCCCGCCAAGACCGACAAGGGAGCGUCUCGCACCAGGCCAAAGAAGAAAGCGGCGACGACGACAUCAGGGAAGGUGGUGAAAAAAGCAAAAGAGAAGCAGCUUGCUGGUUCGGCUUCAGCCAAGAAGAAAGAAGCGGCUGCCGUGGCGUCCUCAGAACCUCCAGGGGAUGGAGGCGUCUCCAAGAAGAGCAAAGAGAUAAGCAAUAGACUGGCCGAGGCAAAACAGUAAAAAAAAAAAAAAAUAAGAUAGCAUCGUGUUCUUUAUGCCUUUUUCUCAUUUAGUGUUUAGCUGAGAUGUCCAUUAUUCCAGUGUGUGUGUGAAAGAGAGAGUGUGUGUGGGAUCAAAGCGGCUUUUUUUUUAUUAUUGAGCACUUAAUUUGCACAUUAUUUAUUAUAGGAGUCAUCUUUACUCUGAAAAUAAGAGCCUUUGCUGUGUGUGCUAUACUAAAGGGCGUUUUUACCUCCAGAAUCACAUCCAAUGAUUGUAUAAACUCACUUUUUAGGUUUUUGUGGGUCUGUUUCCUAGUCACAGUGCCUCGGCUGCAAGGUCCUGGUGUUCUUUUCCUCUUCGUUCUUCUGGGUGAUAUCCAGUUUCGUUUUGUUGCUAAGAAACCAAAUCAAUUUGACUAUAAUUCCCUGCAGCUUGCAAGCCCCCCUUCAUUUUUGGUUGAACAGCAAUACAAUAUUCUAGCAGGCUUACGCCAUCACAUUCUAGCUUGUAAAUUAAGCCUUUUUGGGUAUAAAUAUACACUAUUUGAAAUGUAUGCAUGUGUAGUUAUUAGGUUCUGGUUGCCAGAUAGUUUAUAGUGGCUGAAAUAAACACACCAGCAAGGUAGCUCCCACAAACACAUUUACUGUAACACUAAUAAUGACAAUACUGUAUUAUUUUUAAUGAUGACUCAACUUUUCCUUCGAGCUACAAACACGGACGUCUAAAAAUUAAUAUAAUAUACGUACAUACAGGCUGUCAAAUCACAUAGAUUGUUAACUUGGUUCUAUAAACAACCACAUUACUUGAAUGCAUCAUUACUGAACGUCUUGCGACAAUUGCGGUGCGUUCGCGACUACCCGGAAAACAUAAUACCGUCCUUUUAAUGAUGAUGCUGUCUCUCAAAGCUACAAGAUAAACUCUAGAGUCUAAGUAUUAAGAGGGGAAACGUUGUAAUUCAACAAAAAUAAACACACACACUCAAAUUAUCUAUGUUUGUUUAUGUUCGACUGUCACUAUCCUCUUAUCACCUGAACGUACCAUGAUUUCAAUUGUGGUGCGUCCAACACUCCCCGGAAAACAUAAUAUCGUCCUUUUAAUGAUGAUGUUGGCUUCGAGCCCGCCGUAUUUUUCUCCAAGGUACAAGAUAAACACUGGAGUCUAAGUAUUAAGAGGGGAAACGUUGUAAUUCAGCGAGAAUAAACACACACACUCAAAUUAUCUAUUUUUGUUUAAGUUCGACAAUUCUCUUAUCACCUGAACGUACCAUGAUUUCAAUUGUGGUGCGUCCAACACUCCCCGGAAAACACAAUACCGUCCCUUUAAUGAUGAUGUUGGCUUCGAGCCCGCCGUAUUUUUCUCAAAUCUACAAGAUAAAACAAUGGUAUUACGAGGGAAAAGUUGCAAUUCAACGAGAAUAAACACACACAAACACACUGAAAUUGUCUAUUUUUAUUUAAGUUCCACUAUCCUCUUAUCACCUGAAUGUACCGUGAUUUCAACUGUGGUGCGUUCGUGGCCACUCGGGAAUGCUUCAGAGUAACACAACUUGGCGACAAUGCGCUAACAUUUUAACAUAUAUGUUGCAGAUAAUUUGACUGUGGUUAUGCGUGUGCGUGUUUGUAUUCAUAACUGACCUCUGCAGCUUGCUGCCCACUAUAGAAUGGAGUCCAUUACGCCAUCGCCGCAACAACAGCAACAAAGUGCCACAAGUCCACUCCCACUUCCUGGUGCUGAAAGGCCAACAUCUUUUGUCGUGGUCUGCUUAAUAGGUUGUGUUGUUCUCUUGCUCACCGACAGAGGGCGCUAAUGAAACAGAAAAGACAAAUUACUGCGGAGGUGUUGUGAUUUUUUUUGUGUGUGCUUUUUUUUGGAAGAACUCAGAUUAAAAACAACAAACACGUGAAUUUCAACUGCAUCUUGUGACUUAUUUGUUUU